GAAAUCUCUCUCUGUCUCUCUCUCUCUCUCUCUCUCUCUUUCUCCUUUGAAGCUUGUCAAGUUUCAUAGACAAUUCAACAAACUACCAUCAUGCAUAAACCAACCCCUCUCUGAUUUCUUGAGAUUGUUAUCAGUAUUGCUUGUUCUUUAUGUUCUGAUAAUCAUUCCAUGGCUGUGUUAAUUAUUUGCUCUUCAAAUAUAUACUAUGCUAGUGUUAAUUAUGGCUAUACUUUCACUAAAGUUAACACCUUUCCUGCUUUCAUCCAUAAUAAUGGCAUAUCAAAAGGUCGGAGGGUUAGAAAUUUGAACUUUUUGACAUGUGGAUCUCUGUCAAUUUGGGAGAAACACAAGGAAAGGCAAGUGGGUUUCGGUGGGGUUGCAGUGAAAAGCAGUCAUGGAUUGGUGGUAGCGAAGAGGAAGCCAAAAAAUGCCUUAUCCUCUAAGGAAGUUAUGGCGGUUCUUAACUCGAUUUUGGAUCCAACUGAUGCCUUUUCUUACUUUAAUUCAGUUGCUGAAAUGCCCUUUGUUGUUCACACAACUGAAACAUGUAAUCACAUGCUUGAAAUCUUGAGGAUUCAUAGGAGGGUGGGUGAUAUGGUUGUUGUAUUUAACUUGAUGCAAAACCAAAUUAUAAAGAGGGACUUGAACACUUAUUUAAUUAUAUUUAAGGGGCUUUUUAUUAGGGGUGGCCUUAGGCAAACACCAUUUGCACUUGGAAAGAUGAGGGAGGCUGGCUUUCAUUUGAAUGCUUAUUCGUAUAACGGGUUGAUCCAUUUGCUACUUCAGUCUGGCUUAUGUAGGGAGGCGUUGGAGAUGUACAGAAGAAUGGUCUUAGAAGGCCUUAAGCCUAGUCUUAAGACUUUCUCUGCCCUUAUGGUAGCAACAGGAAAGAGAAGAGAUACUGAAACUGUUAAGUCUUUGUUGGAAGAGAUGGAGAGUUUGGGAUUGAAGCCAAAUAUCUAUACAUACACCAUAUGCAUUAGGGUACUUGGCAGAGCAGGGAGAAUUGAUGAGGCGUGUAGGAUUAUGAAGAGGAUGGAAGAUGAUGGAUGCGGCCCUGAUGUCGUUACUUAUACCGUUCUCAUUGAUGCUCUUUGCACUGCAGGAAAACUUGAUGAUGCCAUGGAAUUGUUUGUAAAGAUGAAAGCUAGUAGUCAUAAACCUGAUAGGGUAACCUACAUUACCAUGUUGGACAAGUUCAGUGAUUGUGGUGACUUGGGAAGGGUGAAAGAAUUUUGGAGUGAAAUGGAAGCUGAUGGUUAUGCCCCUGAUGUGAUUACUUUUACUAUACUUGUUAAUGCUUUAUGCAAAGCUGGGAACAUUGAUGAAGCAUUCCAUCUGCUGGAUGUCAUGAGAAAGCAAGGGGUUUUGCCAAACCUUCAUACUUACAACACAUUGAUUUCUGGACUUCUGAGGGUAAAUAGGUUGGAUGAUGCUCUUGACCUUUUCAAUAAUAUGGAAACUCUGGGUGUUGUACCUACAGCCUAUACAUACAUCCUUUUUAUUGACUUCUAUGGAAAGUCUGGUCGAUCUGAUAAAGCUCUUGAGACCUUUGAGAAGAUGAAAAUUAGAGGCAUAGCUCCUAAUAUUGUUGCUUGUAAUGCAUCCUUGUAUAGUCUUGCGGAAAUGGGUAGACUCAGAGAAGCAAAAGUUAUUUUUAACAGGCUUAAAAGCAAUGGGCUUGCUCCGGAUUCAGUGACCUAUAACAUGAUGAUGAAGUGCUACAGCAAGGCAGGGCAAGUGGAUGAAGCCAUUGAGUUACUAUCAGACAUGUCAGAAAAUCAGUGUGAACCCGAUAUAAUAGUAAUCAAUUCUUUGAUUAACACACUUUACAAGGCUGGCCGAGUAGAUGAGGCAUGGAAAAUGUUUUGCAGAUUGAAGGACAUGAAGCUUGCUCCUACGGUUGUGACAUACAACACGUUAAUAGCUGGAUUAGGCAAAGAGGGUCAAGUCCAGAGAGCCAUGGAAUUAUUUGCCAGUAUGACUGGAAAUGGUUGUCCUCCAAACACAAUAACUUUUAAUACAAUCCUAGAUUGCCUUUGCAAGAAUGAUGAGGUUGAUUUGGCCCUGAAGAUGCUUUACAAAAUGACAACAAUGAAUUGCAUGCCUGAUGUUCUGACUUUCAACACCAUCAUCCAUGGCUUAGUCAUAGAAAAACGAGUUAGUGAUGCAAUCUGGCUCUUCCAUCAGAUGAAGAAGAUGCUUACCCCUGAUUGUGUAACUUUGUGCACCCUCCUUCCUGGUGUUGUAAAGAAUGGGCUGAUGGAGGACGCCUUUAAGAUUGCUGAGGACUUUGUUCAUCGGCUUGGAGUUUAUGUAGACAGAAGAUUUUGGGAAGAUUUGAUGGGUGGAAUCUUGACUCAAGCUGGAACAGAAAAGACUAUUUUAUUUGGUGACAGGUUGGUAUGUGGUAGGGUAUGCAAGGAUGGAUCAGUAUUGAUGCCUAUAAUUAAGGUUUUAUGCAAGCAUAAACAAGCUCUUGUUGCUCAAAGUGUGUUUAUAAGGUUUACUAAGGAACUGGGAGUUAAGCCAACACUCGAAUCAUACAACUUUUUAAUUGAGGGGUUUCUUGGGGUCCACAAUGAUGAAAUGGCUUGGAAUCUUUUCACGGAGAUGAAGAAUGCUGGUUGUGCUCCAGAUGUUUUCACCUACAACUUGUUACUUGAUGCUCAUGGGAAGUCUGGGAAGAUCAAUGAACUUUUUGAACUAUAUGAACAGAUGAUUUGUAGUUCAUGCAAGCCAAACACCAUAACUCACAACAUAAUUAUUGCUAAUCUUGUUAAAUCUAAUAGUUUGGACAAGGCUUUAGAUUUAUUUUAUGAUCUUGUAAGUGGUGAUUUCUCUCCCACUCCCUGUACUUAUGGUCCCCUUUUAGAUGGACUUCUGAAGUCUGGUAGACUGGAGGAAGCAAAAGAGUUAUUUGAGGAAAUGGUGGACUAUGGAUGCAGACCUAACAAUGCUAUUUACAACAUUCUUAUUAAUGGAUUUGGGAAAACUGGUGAUGUCAACACUGCUUGCGAGUUGUUUAAAAGGAUGGUUAGAGAAGGAAUAAGACCAGAUUUGAAGUCUUACACUAGUCUUGUUGGUUGCCUAUGUGAGGCUGGGAGAGUAGACGAUGCUUUACAUUACUUUGAGAAACUAAAGCAGACUGGGCUAUAUCUCGAUUCAAUUGCUUACAACCUCAUGAUUGAUGGCCUCGGAAGAUCACAUAGGAUAGAAGAAGCUCUCACUCUUUACGAUGAAAUGCAGAGCAGAGGGAUCAAUCCUGAUCUUUUCACUUACAAUUCCUUGAUACUCAAUCUUGGAGUGGCUGGAAUGGUAGAACAAGCAGGAAAGCUAUAUGAAGAAUUACAAUUUAUAGGUCUUGAACCUAAUGUGUUCACAUAUAAUGCUCUAAUCCGUGGAUACAGCAUGUCGGGAAAUUCUGAUUCUGCCUAUGCAGUCUACAAGAGGAUGAUGGUUGGGGGUUGCAGCCCUAACACGGGUACAUUUGCUCAGCUUCCAAAUUAAUCCUGAUACUUUUGGGAUACUCAGAUGGGCAGUCAUUAUAGUUAUAUGCUGAUCCAUCUGCUUGUGAUGCACUCGGUAAUUUUAGCUUUUAUUUUGAAGAUUGUGAAUCCUGAUGUUGAGUUUUGCUCUUUGAUAUAUACUCCAAUUGUAGUGGAGCAUUUUGGUCUCACUGCAGUGCAUUGAAUAUCAUCAUGGCAAUGAUUUUGUUUAUGGUGGUGGAGUGGUGGUAGAUAUCUGAUUACUUAGAGAUCUCCGUCUUUGCUGUAAUUGCCAUGGCUGAUUCACCAACAUUUUUUCUUGUAUAAUGCGAUCAAGUCUAUUAUACACAAAGUCAUCCUGACUUGGUUCAUGGAAACCUGUAAAUAUCUUAGCCCUGCACACUAUUUACAAAGUUUUGUGGUGUAGUAUAGUGAUUGUAUGUGUAAAUGGCAUGUCCUCCCUGUAUUAGUUCAACCUGUUCAGGCUCAUCAUGUAACAUUUGAGAUACUUUAAUACUUUCUUAUUAUCUAAUACGCCAAUUAUUUUAUGGUACUUCUGGA